CGGCAUUAAAAUUAGCCGAUGCGAAUCAGUUGAAGUCUGGUAACGAACGGUGACGGUAUUGGAAUCGUGUGGUAGCUCUAAUAAAGCACUCAACUAAAAUAAAUGUUAUAAAAGUUUGACGACGGCUGAACAAAGAAAAUUGUUAACCAUGAAAAAGUGAUAAAAAUCAAUUAAACGAAAAUUUUCAAGUAAAAUUAAAUAAAAUCGAAAAUAAAAACUGAAACAGCGAAUCAAUAAAAAUUAAUUAAAAAAGAUAUAUUUAUUAAGUGAAUCAAUAAAACAACAAAAAUUGUACAAACAUAUACAUAUAUGUACAUAUAUGAACUUAAGCUACUGUGUAUACAUAUAUCGGCAUGUGUUCGUUUACUCGUAAUUUUGUAUGUGUAAGGUGUAGCAAUAUCCUUUCGUCUUUUUCUUCUUCUUCUUCAUGUAAAUGUAUUCAUGUGGCCUUAAAAAUUAAAUAAACUAUAGAAAUUGUUUAAUGAAAUACUGAAAUAAAAUAAAAAUUUUAAUUUAAAUGCUAAACAAGGUGAAUGCGAAAUAAAUUGUGUGUGUGUGUGCCUGUAGAAAAAUUGUGAAAUAAUAAAAAAUUUAAAUAUAAACAGCAAACAGGUGAAAAAAAAAUCGAAAAUACAAUAAGCAAAAAAAAAAAAAAAUAAACUGUAAAUAAAUUAAAAUACGAAAAAGCUCAUGGCAAAUAAAGAGUAAAACAUUAUUAUAGCUAUAAAAAAAUCAAGCGCUACAACGUAUUGUACUAUUAUUAUCAGCUUAUCAGCGCAUAACAACCAAAACAACGUUACAAACUGACAAAAAACGUGCAUUCUCAGCGGUAAAGAAAAAAGGAAGAAACGUAAAACAACGACAACAACAGCACAUGCGAAAACAACGUCAAAUUUACAAACACACCUUAACACAUACAGCAUACAUACAAUAUUUAAGGAAAUACUGUACAUACUUAUAUUAAUUUUCGGUGCAGCAUUUCAAUUUGACUUCGACACAGACAGUGGUGGUACGCAAGCUGCGAAAUAUCAACGCACUCGAGCUCGGGAUUUGUAAAAUAGCAUAUUGCGAAAAGAUUUGCGGAAAGUCCCAAAGUGGUUUGCACUUAAAUAAUUCUGGAUAAGAAAAAGGCAUAACAAAUUGACAAAGCAACAACAGUGAAAAGAAGACUGUGAUUUGAACAUUAGAACAAUUUUGAAAAAUUAUUCGAGUUAAAAAAUCUACGGUGUCAUAAAAAAAAAUUCUGAAAACACGUAUUGGCUAUAGCUGAGCGCUCCAAAUCGACAUUCUCCGAGCACGUUCUAUAAAUUAGAUAAAAACUCGUAAAUAAAUUAACCGACAAUUUAAUUUUUUACUACACAUCAAAGUCAAAAAAAAAAACGACGCAAACUCUUUAGUUGACUAUUUAACUGUUUACUUUUUUUUGUAUUUUUUUUACUUGACAAUUUGACGCAGCAGCAAACGCCGCGCUUUGAAUCAUCACGUUGUUGCAUUUACAAAUGAAUAGCAAAAUCAAAAACAAAACCAUUACGCCUAAAGCACUACAACAAUACCAACAACAACUGCAACAAUUACAACAACGCAUUGAAGAGUUAAGCUUCAUCAAUAUACGACGAGAAAUCUUCACCUUCAAGCGCCUCAAUCACAACCCAGAUAUUAGUAGUAACAGUAGUACUGGUAUAAGGCUGAAAAACUUAACAGAAACCCAAACAACAGUAGCGACAAUCAUAGCAGAAUUAGCAGAAAUAGGAACAUUGUAUGAUAGUAAACGGUGCCAACAACACUAACAACUAAACGAGAAACGUCAGCAGAACAGCUGAGAGUUGAUUGAAAGAGUGAAUAAAUCGUACACAUUGCAGUGUAGUGCAGCGCAGCGAGUAGUUCAAAGCAGCGAACGAGCAGCACAAGGCAACAGAGCGCCAUAGAGUAAUAGCAGCUCAGCCGAGCAGCAGUUAAAUUAGCAGGCUAGCAGAGCAAUUGACAGCUACAGCUGCAGUCGCAUCAGCACCAACAGAGUAAAACGAAGAGAAAUCGGUGCAACGGCGUGGCGAUUGAAAACAAACCAGUUUGACGAUUCGCAAAGAAGCAACUUGUAGUUGUUUGCCGAAUUUUCAACUGUUAACGAGGAGCAGAAAAAGAGGGAGCAGCGAAAAAGCGCUGUGGAAAAGCGUGCACACAGGAAAACACACAGGUGAACAGUGUUGAAAGAAAACAAAGAAAAAUUAAAGAAAACAAAAAUAAUUUAUAAUUUGUGCAAAAAAGGGCACAUAGCGUAGCAACCAGCGACCGGACGAUUUGUGCACCAAAAAAAGUCAGUCAGGCACCAGUUGGCAGUAGCUAGUGCACGCGUGAGCAGUUAACUACAUAGUAUAAGCUGUUGUAACGAUUUAGUGUAGCCGAAGAUUAAGAAAAAUUGCAGCACGUGGAGCUGUGACAGUAGACGAAGGUGCAGUACAUAGAUCUUGUGGCAAAAGCGACGAUUUUGUUGUUGGGUGUCUAAUGUAUGCAAAUAAGUAAAGAUUGAAAAUUUCAAAGAAAAUACAAAAAGGCACAAAUUUUCAGAGAACAACAAAAUAAAAAAUAAUAAAAUUGACUUAAAAAACUCCGAAACACUAACAAAACGUUGAAAAGCGCACCCUAAUUGACACUAACAGCAAAAACAAGCGCCCACAUUACAACAGCAUUGCUUAUGACAGCAGCAGCAACAACAACUGCAGCAAACAACAAAGUGUCAUAAAAGAAGUAAAAUAAAAGCAAUCAAACAAGUGGAGAAAUCUGAUUGCGCGUGAAACGCAAAUAAAAGCAAAAAAGCUAAACUAAAAUAAGACGCAUACAUAUAAAAAAAACUACAAAAAAAUACAAAAAAAUAAAAACCCCAUAAAAUCUAAAAGGCAAAGACCUAAAAAUAUCACACACACUCCAACAAAGCGAACAACACACAUUAAAAAAGUCAUAAUAAUAAUAAUAAUAACAAAAAACCACACACAACACAGUUCACCACACAUCGCACUCAACGUGUGUUUGUUUCUUGGUUUUUCGUUUGCGUUGUUUUGUAUGCAACUGUGUGCAACGGUGCAUGCGCUGUGCUGCUAACAGCGAGUAGGCUCGCCUGACUUGUUGGCCCGUUUACUUCUUUUUUGCUUUUUGCUUUGUGCUUGGCGUACAGCUGUUCAGCUCUGUUUUUGGCUUUUGCUCCGCCUGAACCUGAUUUGCCGUCAGCUAUAAGUAGCAAGUUUCUAUUUGUCAGUGGUUCGGUGUGUGCCCUUGUGUGUGUGUGUGUGUGCGCGCACCGCGUUAAAGUUGCAUUUGUAAAGGUUAACUGCUGAUUGCUGCAAUAUCCGAAACGUAACGCACGUGUCCAUCAGUUGUUGUUGGUAGCGCUGAGGAAAUAUACAUUUUUUUUUCGGUUUACGCGUUAUUCUUUGUUUUGUUUUUAACAUUUAUAUAUUUUUGGCUGUAUUUUCGUUAAUUUGACCAAUACGUACUGCGUACGGUGAAUUAAUUUUUAUGUUCUCAAUGGUUGAUUACUGUGCGGAUAUGGGACAAUUGGGACAAGAUUGUUCUAUACAAAGUUAUAAUAUGGAAGAUCUGGAAUUGGAUCAGGUCACACAGGUGAUUAAUUAUCAUCCACUUUUCCUCGAUCAUUUUCUGCGCACACAAAAUUUCAUUAUGGACGGUGAUGGACCACUACCAUACGAUUAUCGAUAUUACUUGGCCAUUAUUGCAGCAGCCCGUCAUCAAUGUCCCUACUUGGUGAAAAUGUACGAGAAAAAGUUCAUUAAUCAGGGCGGCAAUGCCGAGUGGCUGAACGGCUUAGAUUAUAUCCCAUCAAAAUUACGUGCCAUAUAUGAUAUAAAUAAAAUUCUGGCUCAUCGGCCGUGGCUGCUGCGUAAAGAGCACAUCGAGGGUCUCACCAAAGGCAAGAACAGUUGGUCGCUGUCCGAGGUCGUGCACGCAAUGGUCUUGCUUUCACAUUUCCAUUCGCUCUCCUCCUUUGUAUUCUCCUGCGGUCUCACACAAAAACUGGACGGCUUGUCUAGUCCGAAACUGAAGACGGCGCCCGCAAUAUUACCAGGCGUACAGCAACAGCAGCAGCAGCAGCAGCUGCAGCAACACCUGCAGCCGGCGGUGCACCAGCAACAUCAGCCGCAACAAAUAGCACAUCAACAACUACAACAACCGCAAAAGACUGUCUUGAGUGAGAUAACGAUCAACAAUAACAACAAUUUGCUUGAUCACAGCCAUCAAAUGUACAAUAAUAAUGCGCAAAAUGUUGGCGGCAAUACGUCUGCGCCCACCGACAUCACCAUGAAUGGUAGCAGCAGUAAUGGUGUAGCGAAACAUACUCCCACCUCUGGCGGCUCUCCACAACCGAAUGUGCCCGUGGAAGCGCUGGUCGAACGCAUGAAGGUGCUCUCACAGAAUCACGACGAGUGCAGCGAAGCGGAGCUAAGCAAUCGUUUCAAGAGCGUGGAGAUGCAAACGGCCGAAAUGCUCGCUGCCGCACCCGAAGCCGCCGUCGCAGUGCCACCGAUCAUUUCACACUACAUCGAAGAUCCGAACUUCACCUAUCAAGACUUUGCGCGUCGUGGCGCCGAAAAUAUACCCUCCACCUUUCGUGUACAGGACUACUCGUGGGACGAUCACGGUUACUCGUUGGUGAACAGUCUCUACAGCGAUGUUGGCACGCUGUUAGAUCAGAAAUUCCGUGCGGCCUAUAAUUUGACGUACUUCACCAUGGGCGGUUAUCGGAAUGUGGAUACGUCGAAAUUUCGCCGCGCCAUAUGGAAUUACAUACAAUGCAUCUAUGGCAUACGUCACGACGACUAUGAUUAUGGUGAAGUGAAUCAGGUGAAUAAAUGCUUAUUGGAUCGACCAUUGAAAAUGUUCAUAAAAACAGCCUGCUGCUUCCCAGAACGGAUUACCACAAGGGACUAUGAUAGUAUACUCGUUGAGCUGCAGGACAGUGAAAAGGUCCAUGUUAAUCUGAUGAUAAUGGAGGCGCGUAAUCAGGCCGAAUUGCUUUAUGCGUUGCGUGAAAUAAUGCGCUACAGGACAUGAUCUCAUUGUUAUUAAACAUACACACACACAUAUAUAUAUAUAGCACGUAUAUACGCAUAUAUUUAUAUGGAAAAACAAAAAAAAAACACAACAACAGCUUACAAACAAAAAGAGAGAUAUGAGAUAAUAAUGAUUGUAAACGAAGGAAGAAAAGUUGAUUUCCUACGAUUAAGUACACCUACAUACAUAUAUACACACAAA